CACACUGAUUUUCAUCGUCGUGUGCAGUUGAAAAGGCAGUAGAAAAGAUCAGUACCAAGGAAAAUAAAUAUAACAAUUAAAUACCAAAUAGAAUUGAUUAAGUGUUGUGUGCGUGGAUCUAUGAGAUAUUUUGGGCAAGUGCACGCAUACAAACAGCGUGCUCGGCCCCAUUACCUAUGACGACAAGCUGAACAAGGUCCAGCAGCCGUUGCAGCAGUUUAUUUCGAGACCCCAUAAAGUCCCACAUGUCCGCCAAAGGUGAGGCGGACAGUCUAGCCGCCAGUGGCGGCGGCACUGGAGGCGCCAAUAGCAACUCCAAUGGCACCGUAACACCGGCGCGACGCCUGCGCACCCGCAACUCAACCGGAAGUGGCAGCGAGUCGGCCAAAAAGAAUACAAACAACAGCAGCAGCCACAAUAAUAAUAAUAAUAUUAAUAACAAUAAUAGCAGCAGCAACAACAACAACAAUAACGAAUCGGCUGGAACGGGAAAUGAGAGUUCAGCCACAUCAAUGGGGGGCAUAUCGAUGGCAACAGCAUCAGCUGGCGGCGGUGGUGCAAGCUCUGCAGGCACUCCAUUGUCAGGGCCGCCCAGCUCCGCGGAACGUCCCAUGCCCAGCGUGCCCAUGAAUCAUGCCAGCAGCAGCGUUUCGGCCAGCAAGAAGUACCACAACAGCUGUCCGCAUCCAACGCCGACAGUGCACAAGAAAUCGUUGCACACAAAGCCCCACAGCAGCAACAAAUUCGAUCAGGGCAAGAACGAGGAAUUCAACUUUGAUACACCGCCCGAGUGUCCAGUAUUCCGGCCGACGGCGGAGGAGUUCAAGAAUCCAUUGGCAUACAUUAGCAAGAUUCGGUCCAUAGGAGAGAAAUGUGGCAUUGCCAAGAUCCUGCCGCCGGACAAAUGGUCGCCGCCAUUCGCCGUCGAUGUGGACAAGUUGCGUUUUGUGCCGCGCGUGCAACGGCUCAAUGAGCUGGAGGCAAAGACGCGCGUCAAAUUAAAUUUCUUGGAUCACAUUGCCAAGUUCUGGGAGCUGCAAGGCUCCUCUCUGAAAAUCCCAAUGGUAGAGCGUAAGGCUCUCGAUCUAUAUACGUUACAUCGCAUCGUACAGGAGGAGGGUGGCAUGGAGCAGACCACCAAGGAGCGCAAAUGGGCCAAGGUGGCCAAUCGCAUGCAGUAUCCAUCCAGUAAAAGUGUGGGCGCCACACUCAAAGCCCACUACGAGCGUAUUUUGCAUCCCUUUGAGGUGUACACGUCGGGCAAAGUGUUGGGACCGAAUGCGGCCGCUUCUACGGUGGGCGCAACGCCCGUCAAGCUCGAGGAUGCGGGCACCGAUUACAAGGCCCACGAGAUACCCACACGCCAGCAAAUUGCGCCGCCCAAUGAGAAUAAUACGCGUCGCUCCAAGCGCUUCGGCAACUCGAAUGCCAGCUGCGGCCUAAACACUAAACCAGGCGCCGCCGCUUCCAUUACCAUUAAAACGGAAACCAAGGAGGAUUUCAAACGCGAUCUAUUGAGCAGCUUUAAUGCGGUCAAUGCGGGCGCCGCAGCCGGCGCUAAUCAAUCGGCCGGCUGUGGAGCAGCCACACCAAACACACGCGCCACCCAAAAGAAGGCCACCACAGAGCUGCAGCAACCCCUGAUCGAUCCACUGAUGAAGUACAUCUGCCACAUCUGCAAUCGCGGCGAUGUCGAGGAGUCAAUGCUGCUGUGCGAUGGCUGCGAUGAUAGCUAUCACACCUUCUGUCUGCUACCACCAUUGAGCAGCAUACCAAAAGGAGAAUGGCUUUGUCCGCGUUGCGUUGUGGAGGAGGUGAGCAAGCCGCAGGAAGCAUUUGGCUUCGAGCAGGCCGAGAGAGAGUACACCUUGCAGCAAUUUGGACAGAUGGCCGAUCAAUUCAAGCAGGAAUACUUUCGGAAACCGGUGCACUUGGUGCCCACGGAGCUGGUGGAGCGCGAAUUUUGGCGCAUUGUAUCGUCAAUUGAUGAGGAUGUAACUGUGGAGUAUGGAGCUGAUUUGCAUACAAUGGAUCACGGCUCGGGUUUUCCCACCAAGAGCUCACAUUAUUUGCUGCCCGGUGAUCAGGAGUAUGCCGAGUCUAGCUGGAAUUUGAAUAAUCUGCCGUUGCUAGAGGAUUCGAUACUGGGCCACAUUAAUGCGGAUAUUAGCGGCAUGAAUGCGCCGUGGAUGUAUGUGGGCAUGUGCUUUGCUGCCUUCUGCUGGCACAACGAGGAUCACUGGAGCUAUUCGAUUAACUAUUUGCAUUGGGGCGAACCGAAGACCUGGUACGGCGUGCCCGGCUCCUGUGCCGAGCAGUUCGAGGAGACAAUGAAGCGUGCUGCGCCCGAGCUAUUCUCCUCGCAGCCCGAUCUGCUGCAUCAGCUGGUCACCAUCAUGAAUCCGAACAUAUUAAUGAACAAUGGUGUGCCCGUCUUUCGCACCGAUCAGCAUGCCGGCGAGUUUGUAAUCACCUUUCCGCGCGCCUAUCAUGCCGGCUUCAAUCAGGGCUACAAUUUCGCCGAGGCUGUCAAUUUCGCUCCGGCGGAUUGGCUGAAAAUGGGACGCGAGUGCGUCAAUCAUUAUUCAAUGUUGCGCCGCUUCUGUGUCUUCUCGCACGACGAGCUCGUCUGCAAGAUGGCCUUGGAGCCGGCCAAGCUGACCUUUGGCAUUGCCACCGCCUGCUACAUUGACAUGGCCGAGAUGGUGGACACCGAGAAGAAACUGCGCAAAUCUCUGCUCGAAUGGGGCGUUACACGCGCCGAGCGUCGCGCCUUCGAGCUGGUCAACGACGAUGAACGCCAUUGCCAGGAGUGCAAUACGACUUGCUUCCUGUCGGCCGUCGCCUGCGAGUGCAACGACAAGCUGAUCGUCUGCCUGCGCCACUACACCGUGCUCUGCGGCUGUGCACCAGAGAAGCAUACGCUCAUCUAUCGCUAUACGCUGGACGAGAUGCCGCUAAUGCUGCAAAAGUUGAAGGUGAAGGCGCAUAGCUUUGAGCGUUGGCUCUCCCGUUGUCGCGACAUUGUGGAUGCCCACACGCCCACAUCGGUCACACUGCAGGAGCUACAGGAGCUCUGCAAAGAAGCGGAGACCAAAAAGUUUCCUUCCUCCCUGCUCAUUGAUCGACUCAAUGCGGCGGCCAUCGAGGCAGAGAAGUGCGUGACAGUCAUUCAGCAGUUGGGCAUUAAUAAGGUGCGCACCCGUUCCGAUCACAAUCAGGAGGCAGCCCAAUACAAGCUGACCAUGGAGGAGCUGGAGCUGUUUGUGCAGGAAAUCGACAAUUUGUGCUGCAUCAUCGAUGAGGGCGCCUCGGUGCGUGAGCUUCUAGUGCUUGGCCGGCAGUUUGUGGAACGUGCCAAUGUCCAGCUGCAGCAGACACUGGAGACGCUGGAGGAGAACGAGCUGGAGACGCUGAUCAAUGAGGGCAGCUCGUUGCGCAUUGAGCUGCAGCAGUUGGAUCAUCUGCAGAAGCGCCUCAAGCAGUGCAAGUGGUACAAACGUUCGCAGGGUUUGCGUGAGACCAGCUCGAAGCUGACCUACAAUGAUGUGAAGACGCUGCUGCAUACGGCAGCCGCUGAUCUGGAUCCAACCGAUCCGUAUGUGGAUCGUGAGAUGCGUAAAUUGCAGCAAAUUGGAGCGGCGAUCGAGGCGUGGGAGUCACAGGCAGCUAAAUAUUUCCGACGACUUAAUCAACAGCAUGAGCUGGCCGAGAUCGAGCAGUUUCUGAAGUCCGCCACGGACAUCAAUGGGCAGGUGCCGUCCCAUGGCAUACUAAAGGAUGCGUUGCGCAAGGCACGCGAAUGGCUGCGCUCGGUGGAGCAGCUGCAGCAGAACAAUCACGUCACCUAUUGUCAUACGCUGGAGGCAAUGAUUGACCGGGGCCUGAGCAUACCCAUCCAGCUGGAGGAGCUCGGUCGUAUGCAGGGCCAUUUGAAUAGUGCACACCAGUGGAAGGAUAAUACGGCACGGGCGUUCCUGAAGAAGGACACACACUAUACACUGCUGGAGGUGCUGAUGCCGCGAGCAGAGCCCAUCAACAUCGACUCGGAUCUCAAGCCGCGUUUCCAAGAUGAUUUCCUCAAGGACAAGAAUCCCGCCGAAAUUGUGGCCAGCUUCAAGCAUGCCGAGGAGAAGGAGUUGCGCGAUAUGCGCGACCUGAGGCGCCGCAAUAUGGCGAAGAAUCCAUUGCGCGAUGACUUCUGUCUGUGCAAGCUGGAGUUCCGUGGCCUGAUGCACAAUUGUCAGCUGUGCCGCGACUGGUUCCACGAGGACUGUGUGCCACCGGUGCCCCAUGCACUGGGGGCGCAGCAGAAUGGCAAUGGCGUUGCUGGUGGUGCAGUCAAUGGUGGAACAUCAUCAUCAGCCAGCCAGCCAGCGCAACCCAAGUGGCUAUGUCCGAGCUGUGUGCGCUCGAAGCGUCCACGUUUGGAGACGAUUUUGCCGUUGCUGGUGCAGCUGCAGCAGCUGCCGAUUCGUCUGCCCGAGGAUGAGGCGUUGCGUUGCCUGGCGGAGCGUGCAAUGAAUUGGCAGGAUCGUGCCCGCAAGGCGCUCAGCAGUCCCGAUGUGAGCGCCGCCCUGGAUGCCAUAUUGGCCCAACAGCAGAAGCGACGCUCCGAGAGCAGCAAUUGUGCCGCCGUGCUGGGCAACAUAAGCAGUCCGAGAAAGCCGCGACGAUCGCACAAUCUGUCCAAGCAAGAGACCAACAACACCGGCCGCUCCGAGUCCGACAAUGAGGAUGGGGACGAUGUGGACGACGACGAUGAUGAUGAUGAGUGCCGGCUACGCAUUGUAGAGGACGGCUAUAGCAACGAUGAGGACGAGCAGCUGUCGCGAUUGGCUCAAGGCAAUACGCAAACCACCAGCACCACCAACAACAGCAGCAGCGGCGGCGGUGGUAGCACUGAUCUCUUGAAGCUGCUGUCCGACAGCGAAAUUGAAAAUCUGCUCGAGCUUAUGAUGGAGGGCGAUCUGCUGGAGGUGUCGCUGGAUGAGACGCAAGAGCUGUGGCGCAUACUGGAAACGUUACCGCCCACACCGCUGCAGGCGGAGGCGAAGGCACGGGUGGCGCAGUACUUGCAGCAACAUCGUCAGCAGCAGCCAAGUCAGAUGACGGGGUCAGCAUUGACCAACGCAUCCAGUGUAAAUAGCGGCGCCGAGGACUCCAACGAUAGCCUGCUUGUGCAAAAUAGUCCAAGUCCCGGCGCUGGCAGCGGCACCGGCCCAGCGGUGCGCAAUAAGAAACGGCGCUCCAAUGAUGCGAGCAGCGCCAAUGUGGCGGUGCCGCGCAAGAAACAGAACACCCCCAAGCAAACGCCGGGCAAGAAGACGCCGGCGGCGGUGCGCAAGAGCGACAGCAAGGCGAGCAGCUCGCCGGGCGUCGAUGCCGAUGCGGAGAACAAGCAGGCGAAUGGUGGCAAUACGACGACGGCGACACCGACGACGACGCCAACGACACCGGGAUCGGCGGGAGCGACCACACCCAUACCGUCGGCUGGGCAAAAGAAACGGAAACGCACCACAACAACCACAAACAACAACAACAAUAAUAACAACAAUAGCAGCAACAACAGCAAUGCUGGAGGAGGCGGCGGCACGCCCACAACUGGCAGCAACAACAACAGCAAUGCGACAACAGGUGGCGGCCAGAAGAAGCAUGCGCAACGCACACAGCAAACGGCCCAGGAGGACGACGAGGAGGAGUGCCGCGCCGAGAAUUGCCAUAAGCCGACGGGGCGUGAAGUGGACUGGGUGCAAUGCGACGGCGGCUGCAAUGAAUGGUUUCACAUGUACUGUGUGGGCCUCAAUCGCAGCCAGAUAAAGGCCGACGAUGAUUACAUAUGCAUACGCUGCUCCAAGACGGUCAGCGUGGGCGUGGCCGGCGGCAGCAGCAGCCUGACGGUGACCACAACGACGACCAGCAGCCUGACGCUGAGCACAGGGACGCCGGGCAAGCAGCGAGCAGCGCAGUCAGCGCGGUAGAGAGAGUGGAACCGAGGAGAUGAGAGACGCGAAAAGAGCGAAAAGGAGGAGGAGAAAGCAUGGAACGACGUAGAUCGCAAGCAAAAAGAAAACAGCAAUUUGACAACGGUUGGCAGCACCCUCGAUUAAAUGUGCUUGUGAAUAAUCGAUAAACUGCUAUCGCAGUGUUUAUACACAUGUUUA